GCUCCCGGUUUCUCCCUCGAUUCAGUGCGGGCGAGAGCGCUGCUAAACAUGGCGUCGGAAGGGAUGAUUUUAACAAACCACGACCAUCAAAUACGAGUCGGAGUUCUGACGGUGAGUGACAGCUGCUUCAGGAACCUCGCCGAGGACCGCAGCGGAAUCAACCUCAAAGACCUCGUUCACGACCCCUCCCUGCUGGGGGGGAUGAUCUCCGCCUACAAAAUCGUCCCCGACGAGAUUGAUGAGAUCAAGGAGACUCUGGUGGACUGGUGCGACGAGAAGGAGCUGAACCUUAUCCUGACCACCGGGGGCACCGGCUUCGCCCCCCGCGAUGUCACUCCCGAGGCUACGAGGGAGGUGAUCGAGCGGGAGGCUCCUGGGAUGGCGCUUGCUAUGCUGAUGGGGUCCCUCAACGUCACCCCUCUGGGCAUGCUGUCCAGGCCAGUUUGUGGAAUCAGAGGAAAAACUCUCAUCAUUAAUUUACCUGGCAGCAAGAAGGGCUCUCAGGAGUGUUUCCACUUCAUCCUGCCGGCGCUGCCCCACGCCAUCGACCUGCUGAGGGACGCCGUUGUCAAGGUGAAGGAGGUGCAUGACGAGCUGGAGGACCUGCCCUCGCCCCCGCCGCCCCUCUCCCCGCCCCCCGCCUCCGGCCCCCACAAGCAGACGGAGGACAAGGGCGUGCAGUGCGAGGAGGAGGACGAGGAGAAGAAGGACAGUGGCGUGGCGUCCACCGAGGACAGCGCCUCCUCCCACAUCACUGCCGCCGCCAUCGCUGCCAAGAAGGGGAAGCCGCUCCGUAACCACGCCGCCGUCCUGGCGAGACACGGGCAGCCCAUCCCCGGUCUCAUCCCCCCCUCAUCCCGUCAGUCUGCCAGCAGCCCCGGGGACCAGCCGAUUCCAGACUCCAUCAUUUCGCGGGGGGUCCAGGUUCUUCCGCGGGACACGGCCUCUCUCAGCACCACGCCCUCGGAGUCGCCCCGCGCCCAGGCCACCUCCCGCCUGUCCACCGCCUCCUGCCCCACGCCCAAAGCCCGGCUCCCCUCCUGCUCAUCCACCUAUAGUGUAUCCGAGGCCUCACGGAGAGAGUUCAGGGCUCACCUGGAUGAGGUCAUCACGCUCAAGUCAAGGUACUCUACCUUGGACCAGCUCCACUAUAGGUUGGAGGGGCUUAAAGAUGAUCGCAGGACGCAUAGGACCUUCGACUCGAGAGUGCAGUCACGCUGCAGUAGCAAAGAGAACAUCCUGAGAGCCAGUCACAGCGCUGUGGACAUCACAAAGGUGGCCCGAAGGCACCGCAUGUCCCCCUUCCCCCUCACCUCCAUGGACAAGGCCUUCAUCACUGUGCUGGAGAUGACCCAUGUCCUGGGCACAGAAAUAAUCAACUACAGAGGAACAAAGACAGAGAAGCGAAUCAGUGCCAAUGCCUCACUCGUGCACUGGCAUCACACAGAUGGGAUGGGGAGAGUCCUGGCCCAGGAUGUCUAUGCCAAAGACAACCUGCCCCCGUUCCCUGCCUCUGUGAAGGACGGCUAUGCCGUCAGAGCGGCCGACGGCCCGGGAGAUCGCUUCAUCAUUGGGGAGUCGCAGGCCGGAGAGCAGCCCACCCACACGGUGAUGCCAGGGCAGGUGAUGCGGGUGACGACAGGAGCCCCCAUCCCCUGCGGAGCCGACGCCGUCGUGCAGGUGGAGGACACCGAGCUGCUACGCGAGUCUGAGGACGGCACAGAGGAGCUGGAGGUUCGGAUCCUUGUGCAAGCGCGUCCGGGCCAGGACAUCAGACCCAUUGGGCAUGAUAUCAAGCGUGGAGAGUGUGUUCUGGCCAAGGGCACCCACAUGGGCCCCUCUGAGAUCGGGCUGCUGGCCACAGUGGGCGUCACCGAGGUGGAGGUGCAGAAGUUCCCUGUGGUGGCGGUGAUGUCCACCGGGAAUGAGCUGUUGAACCCGGAGGAUGACCUGCACCCAGGGAAGAUCCGGGACAGCAACCGCUCCACGCUGCUGGCCACCAUCCAGGAACACGGCUACCCCACCAUCAACUUGGGCAUCGUCGGAGACAAUCCGGACGACCUCCUCAACGCCCUGAAUGAAGGGAUCAGCCGCGCCGAUGUCAUCAUCACCUCUGGGGGCGUGUCCAUGGGCGAGAAGGACUACCUGAAGCAAGUGCUGGACAUCGACCUCCAUGCUCAAAUUCACUUUGGGAGAGUCUUCAUGAAACCUGGACUCCCCACAACGUUUGCCACCUUAGACAUUGACGGUGCCCGAAAACUCAUUUUUGCACUGCCAGGUAACCCUGUGUCGGCCGUCGUCACCUGUAACCUCUUCGUGAUCCCUGCUCUGAGGAAGAUGCAGGGAAUCUUGGACCCCCGUCCCACCAUCAUCAAAGCCAGGCUGUCCUGUGACGUGAAGCUGGACCCACGCCCAGAGUACCACCGCUGCAUCCUGACCUGGCACCACCAGGAGCCGCUGCCCUGGGCCCAGAGCACAGGGAACCAGAUGAGCAGUCGGUUGAUGAGUAUGCGCAGUGCCAACGGGCUCCUGAUGUUACCUCCCAAAACAGAGCAAUACGUGGAGCUGCACAAAGGCGAAGUUGUGGAUGUUAUGGUCAUCGGACGGCUAUGAUGUCAUCUUAACGGGACGCACAGAAAGGUGGAGGGAGGGAGAAAGCAAGCGAGUGGUUUCCGGUGCAUGUCCACAUAUCAUUACUAUUCCGUAAUAUGCAACG